UGAAUAUUGAAUUAAUUAUUUUUUUAUACCUUUUAUUUUUUAUAACUAUAUCAUAUCUGAAGUGUUAAAGAGUUAUAAGAAGUAGGCAUUGUAGUUAUAGUAUUCAGUAAUGACCUUUGAGUUCAUAAAUUAUGAAUUAUAAUUAAAUUCAUUUUGAAUUUAAUUGGGUACACAGUUUGUAGGUGUAUAUAGUAUAAAUCUGUAAUGCUUUUUAAUUCGCCAUGAGCAAGAGAAUUUUCUAAAACACUAACUAUACAGAUAUUUUUUACCUAAAAAAUUUAAUUAUUUGUUAAAUACAACAUGGAUAUUAUAACAAAUAAUGUUGCCAAAUUCUGUUCAUUGCCAUCUUCGUAUAUUGUUGGGGUGACUGCUGCUGUUGGUUUUAUAAAUUAUUAUUUUAUGUUUGCAGUUAAAGCACCCAAAGUACAUUGUAAAGAAGGAGAAUUUAAAAACUUUAUUCAUCAAAAUGUUCCAAUUAUCAAUAAAAAGUAUUGGCCAACAAUCUGGUGUUUUGAAGCUAGAUUUCAAAGUGUAUUAGCAAGUUUGAUACGAUCAUUUGUAGUUCCUCCAGCACCAUAUAUUAGAGAAAUAUUCACAUUAAAGGAUGGUGGUGAAGUGGCAUUGGAUUGGUUGGAACCUGUGAAACGUCCGGUCGAUAUGCAUGAUGCAACAAUUUUGUUUUUACCAGGAUUAACAGGUGACAGUAAAUGUGAGUAUGUUAGAGCUACAUCAUUAGCUGUGCAGAAAUCUGGAUUCAGGAUUGUCGUUUUCAAUUAUAGAGGGAUUGGUGGUAUUGAAUUAAAGACUCCAAGAACUUAUUCUGCUAAUAAUAUUGAUGAUUUAACUGAAGUUGUUGGUCAUAUAAAAAGCAAGUAUCCAGACACAAUUUUAGGUGGAAUUGGUGUAUCUAUGGGUGGGCUUUUAUUGGGAAGUUUUUUAUCAUCUAAUGAGCAAUAUAAUCACAAAUACUUUUCUGCUGCUAUGUUAAUCUCAGUGCCAUGGAAUUUAAUUGCGACUACAGAAAAUAUAGAAAAACCAUUUUUAAAUCGUCUUCUCUGUUCAUACUUAGCAAAAUGUCUUUGUAACCUUAUUGAAAAUAGUAGCAAUAUGUUAAGUUCAUCAAGUCAUAAAUGGGAUUAUAAUCAAGUCAUUAAAAGUAAAACAAUAAGAGAAUUUGAUGCAAACUAUACUAUCAAGUUAUUUGAACAUGAAUCUGUUGAAGAUUACUAUAAAAAAGCAUCACUUCAUGAUAAAUUGGAUCGUAUUAAAGUGCCUUGUUUGUGUUUGAGUGCUGCUGACGAUCCAUUCUGUUUGGAAUCUGAUCUGCCUCUAGAGAGUGCUGACAAUAAUGAAAAUGUAGCAAUUUUGGUUACAGUUAAAGGUGGACAUAUUGGUUUUAUAGAAGGUGUAUGGCCAUUUAGCAAUAGAAAUGAAUUUAUGUUUCGUAUAAUUGACCAAUAUUUUAGCUCAAUAUUUAAAAAUAAUAACUAUAAGAAAUAUAAUAGUUAAAAUUGUUAUUUUUAUUAGUAUAUUAAUUAGAAUUA